GUGCCGAUCGCCGAGCAGCGCAGUUGUAAUCCGGUUCUUUGCAUCCAUCUGGUUAGAGACAUGGAGUACUGCGCUAUCAUUCUACUUCUGCUAGCUUUUCAUACCAUCUAUGAACCACCUAUCACAAGUGACGGCUAUUCCACUGAUUCUGAUUCCCAAUAUGAACUUGCUGAUCUUCAAACUGAGAGCACUGCUGGAUGCGUUCAAGUACCUGGAGGAAAGCUGCCAGAAUUUAGUUUCAUACAACCAAUCGAAAAAUGUGAUGUGACGAUGGAUGAAGCCAGACUGGGUUCUAAAGCGCCUGUACAGCCAGAGUGCAAUGGAACCGGAGGCCAGGACACAUCAACAUCAGACUUCUUCAACAUCAUUUAUGUCGCCGUCAUCACUGUCUUUAAGGGUGUAGGAACCUUGUUAUUAUUAUUACUUACUAUCUGCUGUGUAGUGGCAGCCUUAGAAACAUGCAAAAGUUACAUUUUACCCCUCUCGGUUAAUCGCCUCUUCCGUUAUGCCAGUGGCCCUAAAAUGCCAGCUGUCAUUUCUCUGGAUUCAAUUACUAUUCAGAAAGUUUAAUAGAAGCUUUCUUUCUACUUUCUCUUUUUUCCGUUACUUUUGGUCUCCCAAUCCCUCCUCCAUCUCUCUCUCUCUCUCUCUCUCUCUCUCUCUCUCUCUAUCUCUCUCUCUGACCCUCACUCUCUCUCUCUCUCUCUCUCUCUCACCCUCUCUCUCUCUCUCUCUCUCUCUCUCUCUCUCUCUCUCUCUCUCUUUCACACACACACACACACACACACACACACACACACACACACACACACACACACACACAAUAGCCGCUAACAAACACACACAGAAAUCACAAAAAUACACACACACACACACACACACACACAAAUAGCCGCUAACAAACACACACAAAUCACAAAAAUACACACACACUGCGAUCGACACUGUCACCUACAAGUAGAUACAAUUAAAAUCUGAGAGUUGUAUCACUGAUUGUAAACUUAAAUUUGAAGCUCUUAUCCAUCCAGCAGCUUCAGUGAUGUAUGAAGUAAACUAUCGACUAAUAUUCUUCAUAAACCAAACGGUGGUUUCACAAGAGCAGUCUAAUGUAACGCCUUGUCAAAGUUACCACUUUCGCUUUGAUUUUAAAUGUACGCAAUGUUUGUGCACUUGUUAUUGUAUUAUUGAAAAAAACAUUGCAUGAGAAUAAAUAAUGCACUACCUUCGGGGUGCUUACUAGAAAAA